AUGGCCAAAUGCUCGAAUACCAUAAUAGCGAGAGCAUUUGAUGAAUACCAUUUACGUACAUGCAUAAGAUUUGCACCUCGAACGCUUUACGAUCAAGACUAUUUGUAUAUUGGCAAAAUUGAUGGAUGUUAUUCGGACGUAGGACGCGCAGGUGGACGCCAAGAAGUAUCAUUAGACGAAGGCUGCUUGGAAUACGAUACAGCUAUUCAUGAACUCAUGCAUUCAGUUGGCUUUUAUCACGAGCACGAGCGAUGGGACCGCGAUAAUCAUAUUACAAUUUUAUGGUCGAAUAUAGAUCGAGACGCUUAUGAUCAAUUCGGUAAAACAGAUUUCACGAAAAGUUCUCCUUAUGGACAACCUUACGAUUAUUUUUCAAUUCUUCAUUACGACAGUUUUGCAUUUAGUAAAAACGGAUUGGAAACUUUAGUAGCUAAAAGACCAGAUAUGACUCGAGUAAUGGGAAAGGCAAAUGAUUUCUCUGUAAUCGAUAUUGAAAAAAUCAAUCGAAUGUACUCGUGCUAUCAGCAACCAAAUAAUCUACAACCUCAGCCAUUACAACCUGUUAAGCCUUGGUUGGUACCAAGGCCAUUUCCUCAACAACCAUAUCUUCCUCCCAUACAAGAAAUCGUCGACGAAGUUUGCGAAGACCAAUCGUCAGCUUGUCAUAACUGGCUUGACCUUUGUCAUUCACCUAUACAUGAAGCUGAAAUGAGGAAAAUAUGUGCUAAAUCCUGUUGGUUUUGUGCUUCGCCAGUGAUCGAUGAAAUUCGUCCAUUUAGUCCAAUAAAUUCACCACCAACUCAUUAUUUUUUGGAUAGGAGAAAUUUCUGGUAUUGCAAUCGAGAAUUUGAAGAUGAAAAGAUCUUAAUUCAGCAUCAGAAAGCAAAACAUUUCAAAUGUCAUAUAUGUCAUAAAAAAUUAUUCACUGGUCCUGGUCUUGCUAUUCAUUGUGUACAGGUUCAUAAGGAAACGAUUGAUAAAAUUCCCGGGGCCGUACCUGGUAAGGAUUCAGUGGAAGUUGAGGUUUAUGGCAUGGAAGGUAUUCCAGAAGAUCCAGCAGAUGAUGAGCCAGGUUCCAAAAUAUCAAAACAGGAUGGCACGACAAAUCCUGUGUUGCCUCCUCCAAUGCCACCAUUUCCAAUGAUGCCUCCAGUUCCACCGAUGAUGCCUGGUUUACCUGGUUUCCCACCUAUUCCUCCAGUAGCCAUGCCACCAUUUCCAUUUAUUCCACCUACUGCGAUUCCUCCAAGGAUGAUGCCGCCUCUUCCGAUGAUGCCUCCUGCAACUCCACCUGUGCCCACUAGCAUACCAAUUCCGAGGACAACAGUACCUAACAGCACAGUGCGGCCAGCACUUCCAGCUUGUCCGCCAGCAACUGCACCAAAUGUUCCAGCUGCUUUUCCAGCUUAUAGUGAUCCAACUACAGCAAGACUAACUGAAGUUAAAGAUUCUACAACCACUGUUCCAAAAUUAUGCGCUAAAAUUCAUAUAAUGCAUCCGGAUGAAAAUAUUUCCUUGGAAGAAAGACGUGCUAUUUCACGAGGAUUGAUAUAA